AUGUCAUCCAAGACAGCUGUAGAUAUGAGGUGGCAUUUUAAGGAUUGUGUAAAAGAUGGAGUGUUGAGGCAUCCAGCAGAUUCUGAGGCUUGGAAAUCGUUUAAUCAAAUUCAUGAGUCAUUUGGUGUGGAACCUCGAAAUGUAAGACUUGGUUUGGCAACAGAUGGAUUUAACCCUUUUGGGAACAUGAAUUUGCACUAUAGUAUUUGGCCGGUUCUCAUUUACCCAUAUAAUCUUCCUCCAUGGAUGUGCAUGAAGGAGCCUUAUGUUUUCAUGACUUUACUUAUUCCUGGGCCCAAGGGUCCAUGCCAUGACAUCGAUGCAUACAUGAGGCCAUUGAUAGAUGAAUUGCGAACAUUGUGGGAAAUUGGUGUUGAAACGUAUGAUAUAUAUGCAAAGCAGAAUUUUCAAAUGAGAGCUGCACUUCUUUGGACUAUCAAUGAUUAUCCAACAUAUGCAUACAUGUCAGGUUGGAGUACGUCUGGGAAAUUGGCAUGCCCAUAUUGUGCAUCUAAUACUUCGCAUCGUCGGUUAUCUCAUGGGUCUAAGACAUGUUAUUUGGGUCAUAGAAGAUUUUUACCGUCUGACCACGUAUGGCAUAAUCAACGAAGCCAAUUUGAUAAUACAAGGGAAAGAAGACUUGCACCUAAGAGACCAUUUGGUGACGAUGUGAUAAAUGCACUUAGUGAAUUAAGAGAAAUAACACAUGGCAAGGAUGGGAAAAAGCAUACAAUACUUGGGUUUGGAAAAGAUCAUAAUUGGAAAAAACAUUCGAUAUUUUUCCAAUUGCCUUAUUGGAAAACACUUUUGGUGCGUCACAAUUUAGAUGUCAUGCACAUUGAGAAAAAUGUAUUUGAGAAUGUGAUUGGCACAAUGAUGAGCAUUGAUGGUAAAACAAAAGAUUCUUUGAAUGCUCAUCUUGAUCUUCAAGAAAUGGGUAUAAGACAGAGGUAUCAUCCAGAAGAAGGAGAUAAUGGUAAGCUCUAUUUUAUCCCAAGCGAUUAUACAUUGUCAAAUGAUGAUAACAAAGCUUUAUGUCAAUGGUUAAUGGAGUUGAAAGUUCCAGAUGGGUACUUUGGAAAUUUAUCUCGAUGUGUGAAUGCUUCAGAACGUAAUAUUUCUGGUAUGAAAACUCAUGAUUGUCAUGUGUUCUUAGAGAGAUUACUUCCAUUUGUGGCGCGAGAUUUAUUGCCCAAAGAUGCAAAGGUGGCCGGUCCAGUACAAUUCAGGUCGAUGUAUCCUGUGGAAAGGUAUUUGCAUAAACUAAAGACUUAUGUUCGUAAUAAGGCUCAUCCAGAAGGGUCUAUUGUCGAAGGUGUCUUGGGAGAUGAAUGUUUAAUAUUUUGCUCUCGCUGUUUGCAUCAAGUUGAAACUAAGUUUAAUAAAAGAGAUAGAAACGACGAUGGAGGUCAACCGUCAUUUGAUACAUCUCCGUUAUCUAUUUUCUCAACACCUGGUCGAGCUUUUGGGAAAGGUGUACUUAGAGAAAUGAGCAUCGAACUUCAUAAGGCUGCCACUCAUUAUGUCUUACAAAAUUGUGAUGAAGCUUUGCCAUUUGUCGAGGAACAUAAGAACAUUCUAAUCCAAUCUAGUGUUUCUAAAAGGGUCACAGAACUAUACAACGAUGGUAAAGUUAGUAAGCAAAUGCUUUCUUUGGCUCGAGGUCCUGAAAGGCGAGUAACUUAUUAUCUUGGUUAUUAUAUCAGUGGUUUUAGAUUUCAUACAUUGCAGUGUGAUGAGAAUAAAAAAACACAAAAUAGUGGACUUAUGGUUAAGGGAGAGAAUUAG